AUGAGAAGAGAGAUGCCUGCCAGGUCCAAAGCAUCGGAUGUUUGAGGGGCCCACCCGAUAGGGUCGUGAAGGAUUGAGUCGCUGAGUGGGGUCUUUCAUCCUAUCGUUUCUUAUAACAAAAAUUUCGAAGCCGGAAAUGGUUGAUCAAGAUGCCAGAGGAGAUACCGGACGGUGGAAGAAGGCUUGUGACUCUCGACGACCUCAUCGAUGCCUUGGACAAGCGCGAGAGGGCGCCAAGCAAUGUGCCAAAGGUUGAGACAUUCCACUUCAAGGGGGAUCGUGUAUCUGACUGGUUGGAUCUGACAGAGCAGGCGCUGGUAGGACUGUCAGAUGAGGUCAAGCUCCAGCGAGUCCUGAGGUACGUCCUGCAUAGUCACCAUCGGGAAGUAAGUAAGGUCGUGGACGCCGCCGGUGGCAGUUGGACAAAGUUUGGGGACCUAAUGCGAAGGAAGUACAGGCUGGGGGAUAGCCUGUUGACCAUGGCCGACUUGGAGGCCAUGAACAAGGAAGACUUUUCUACCAUUGGGGCGUUCGUGCACGAGUUCAAGAAGAAGGCGAGGAAGGUGCACGGGAUUUCUGAGGAGGCGCAGUGCGCCACAUUUUUGGGGCUACUUACGGGCUCGGCGGCCACAGAGCUGACAAAGUAUGGGGAAGGGAGCGAGAGUCUCACCUGGGCAACCAUUGAUAAGGGAGUGGAAGAAGGGAGCCUGGACCAGGUGGAGCAGCACCAAAUGAGGUUGCAAAGGCGCAAGAGGAAGGAGAGGGAUGCUACCGCAUUCGGAACCCCAGGGGUCAAGAGAAUCGUCACGGACGUUUUGGCGGCACUGGGAUAUGAUAACGAAGCAGAGAUACAGAAAAGAGGGGUGCUAGUGGCCCAAGGCCGAGUGUCAGGGGCAGUAGAUGAGGAGGCUGGGCAGGAAGACUAUGGCGGAGGGGAGACGGGCUCCCAAGCCCUGACUAAGGCCCAGAGGAAGCAACGCAAUCUGCUGUUGGGAGGACAGGGGUCAGGGAAGGGGCAGGCUCCCCAAGUCAUUGCCGCACCACCGCCUGUCGCAGCCGCCGCGCCAGCGCCAGCAGGACCAUCGCACAUGGGGCUGCCACCAGCUUGCGGGCACUGGGUGCCGCAUUGUCAGUCCGCGCCCUGGCCCAGUUGCAACCACUGUGUCUCGUGUGGAGGGAGUCAGGCCCACACGGGACACAUGGUCCCCUACUCCUGCCCAUCAGCAAGUAUGGGCCCCCCGAGCUACCCAGCGGCUCAAGGCCAGCCUAUGGCCCAACUGCCGCCCUCCCAACAGGCCUCGCAAGCCAGUGUGGUCGAAAGAGGGGGCCAAGGACAAGGCGGGCAAGGCAAUGGGAGUCGGGGCCAAGGGGGUAGAGGAGGGGGUGGCCGGGGGCGAGGAGGAAAUGGUGGAGGCCGUGGAGGAGGUUGGAGUGGUCAGGGGGGUCAGAACCAAGGCGGCCAGGGCAGCCAGGAAGGGGGCCAAGGGUAUAGGAGGCCCCGCUUCAAUUGGCGGAACGCAACUCGUUGGCAUUGUGGCGAGGUGGGCCACAUCGUACUGUUCUGCCAACAGCGGCGGGAAUACGAGCUGGCAGGAUUGAUUUCCUCAUGCAUGGAUGGGGACAUAUACGAUAGGUGGGGGAAGCACAUCGAUCCCAAGACCCAGGGAGGAAUCAGGCAGGAAGCCCUCAGGCGAGCGGCGGCAGGGCCUCCAGCAGCCCCAACAAUGUUCAGGAUAUGGCAGGAAAGGCAGGAUCCGGGUGUGAGAGUCGAUGAGAUUGCGAAUGAAAGUGAGGAAGUGACUCAACGGCUGAAGGCGGGGAAUGUAAAGGAGGAACCGACAGCAGUUGAGUCAGACGACAAGGAGUUGGAAGUGGUGGAAGAGUCGGCUUUGACCAUCCUCGAAAGGAUGGAGGACCGGCUGGCGAAGGUCGGCAGGUACCAGGAACGACUGAGAGUGAUGAAGAAGUAUGCGGUCCGGCUAGAGGAGGGCUUUGACGUGGAGCGAAUGGUGGACAAUCUCCUGGAGGGCCACAAUGAAAUGAUGAAUCUAAAGGACAUCUUGGCGUCGGCACCGAGACUCCGUGGCGAGCUGAAAGGGCGGCUCUCACGGAGGUUGGUGGAUCUGAAGGUGAGAGACCAGCCGAGCAUCGCAAUGGUGGACACAGGCGCUGAGAUGAAUAUCAUCCGAGAGCGGAACACGGCCAUCCUAGGGCUGGAGGUUGACCAUUCGGACCAUGGAAUUAUGAGAUCAUUAAGUGCCGGAACACAGGACCAGGAAGUGGGAGGAACAGGCUCAACCUCGGCUCCUUUACCUUCGAGGAGUCUGAGUACGCAUGACGGAGACUCCGGGGAGCAUACGCAGGUUGGGCCGUGCCGUAUUAAUGAUGAGAAUAAGGAGGGGCUGAUAAUUGACGAGCCUGGCUUCCUUUCGCCCCAGGAGAGGACCUUGAUGGUGGAGACCAUGAAGAGGAGGCAUUGCGCAUAUGCGUUUAACGAUGACGAGUGUGGGAGGUUGGAUGUGGAUAAGAUUUCAAUGAUACGAAUCCAUACCGUCCCACACGAGCCGUGGAAUCUGAGGGGCAUGCGAUAUCCGAAUCCGGAUGAGGAAAAGAAGGUGGUGGAAUAUCUGGAUGGGAAAAUGCGGACGUACGUGACAGACUAUUCCAGUGGACCAUAUGCCUCCCCUUGGUUUUGCUUCAUCAAGCCGAACGGGACAUUACUGUGGGUGCAGGAUUUGCAACGGUUGAAUGCGGUGACAGUGCGAGACGCGGGAGGAUUGUCGAACGCGGACGCCCUGUCAGAGUCAUGCGCGGGAAGACCUAUAAUCUCACUUAUAGACCUUUAUUCUGGGUAUGCUGUAUACCCACCGGAUAGGCCGGUGAUGGCAAUGCAUACGCCAAGGGGGCUGAUCCAUAUGAAUGUGGCCCCUCAGGGAUGGACUAAUUUGGUGGCAAUGGUGCAAAGGCACAUGAUUAGGGCCAUGCAGAUGGUUACUCCACAUAUCACUCAGCCCUACAUUGAUGAUUUGGUGGUCAAGGGUCCAAAGGAGAAGGAGGAAGACGAAGUGAUGCCGGGAGUGAGGCGGUUCGUCGGGAAGCACAUCCUGGAUAUCGAGCAGGUUUUGGGUCUGCUGGAAGAACACAACCUGACGGCGAGCGGCCCCAAGUCGAAGCAUUGUAUGAGGGAGGUGACGAUUCUAGGCUUUGUCUGCAAUGAGAAGGGUUGGAGGCCUGAUGUGAAGAAAACGGACAAGAUCCUAGAGUGGUCAGUCCCCUUUCAGUCGAUAACGGACGUAAGGAUCAGAAAGUUGUGGGUGUUGGAGGAGUUUUGUGAAAGACUUCCCUACCAAGACGGAGCAUUUGAGGAAGCUGGUGCGUCAGAAUCAGGAAUGGGUCUGGGGCGAAGACCAGGAAAAGGUUGUGGAAAGGAUGAAGGGAGAGUUCAAUAAAGGAGGCUUAGUGCUGGGAGCGCCAAAUUAUAAGGCUACGGAGGAAUAGCCAUUCGUUGUCGAGACGGA